CGCCGCACUCCCUCCGCAUUUUCCCCCAAACCCCACCAAAACCCUCGCGCCACCGCCGAGCAGCAGGAUGGCGCCGGCGACGGAGCUGUCGGACGACCUCGCCGAGGAGAUCCUGCUCCGCUUCCCGCCCGACGACCCCGCGCGCCUCGCCCGCGCCGCCCUCGCCUGCAGGCGCGCCUGCCGCCUCGUCGCGGACCCCGGCUUCCGCCGCCGGUUCCGCGAGUUCCACGGCGCGCCCCCCAUGCUCGGCUUCUUCCGCAACACCACGAGAGCCCGCUUCGUCCGGAGGCCGUGGAGCUUCGUCAUGGGCCGCGAGCAGGAUCUCGAGGGACCCUUGGUCGUCGCCCGCUUCGUCCCCACCUCCUCCUCCUGCCUGGCUCGCACCGACCUCCGCGACUGGCGCGUGGUUGACGCUCGCCACGGCCGCGUCCUCCUCCACUGGGGGAACAGCCGCCGCCUCGCCGUCUGGGACCCCAUGACGUGCGAGAAGCGCGGCCUGCCCAUUAUGCCCGUGUCCCUGUGCCCGGACAACUGGAACGCGGCUGUGUUCUGCGCCACCGCCGGCUGCAACCACCUCGACUGCCAUGGCAACCGGUUCACGGUGGUCUUUCUGGUUAUCAAGGAAAUGAAGGUGUUCGACUAUGUCUUCUCGACAGAGGAUGUUGUAUGGAGCUGUCCGCCCAAUCCUGGCUCUCAACGGCAUGACGGGCAUCUGCCCUUGGAGCCCAGCGCUCUUGUGGGGAAUGCACUCUACUUCGUGCUUCAGCCGGACAACAGAAUCCUGGAAUACAAUGUGGGCACACGGGAAAUGACUGUGAUUCGCCUGCCAAGUGGUUGCUUCUCGGAACAGCGCAUUGUGCUCAUGACCACGGAGGAUGGUGGGCUGGGAGUUGCCACUGUGCGUCAAUCAAAACUCUGCCUAUGGUCCAGGGAGAUUGGUUCUACUUCUGAAAAAGAUGCAGGAUGGGCACAAAGGAGAGUCAUUGACCUCAAGACGCUACCCAUUCGAUCCCUCUCAACCUCACCUGUUGUGGCUGGUUAUGCAAGUGGCAUUAAUGUCAUUUUCGUUCGAACGUGUGAUGUGCUUUUCAUGAUUGAUCUUAAGUCCAGCAGGGUCAAGAAGGUAUGCCGCGAGGUCACUGGUGCCUCCAGUGUUUUUCCCUACAUGAGCUUCUACUACCCAGUAUUGGGAGGGGUCUCUACAGGUGAUGGAUCAAGAGGUGCCUCAAGUGCUCGACCUUGUCAUUGUGGUCUUGCUUUUGGGCCAGUGGCUCAAGGGGGAGAUGAGGACAGUGACAUUGGUGGUUGUGAGCACUCUCAUGACCACGGCAUUGAUGAUGAUGAUAAUGAGAGUGAAACUACGAUGAGUGAUGCUGAUGAUGACGACGACAAUGAAGCUAUGGAGGGUGACGAGGAUGAUGAGGAUGGUGUUGAAGCUUACUUGACUUCUCUUCUCUUUUUGCUGCUUGCUGCCAGUGGGGGAGAAUUACCAUAGGAGAAUUAUCAUAAUCGUCUUGGCUGUCCUGGUUCUGGCUGCUAUCGGCUUAUCAGGGCAUGGUAGAACAGAACAGAACAGCCCAUCAUCCAUCUACUUAUCAAUUUUAUUCGUGUAUGGACAUGUAUGACUCUUGUAAUAGUGCUACGACUAUGGCUUAAGACGUUUGUGAACUUUGUGCCAGACUUUCAUGGCUAUUUGUGUGAUGUCAUGUUGGUUUUCCCUUUUUUAUUGAUAUAUCUUUGCCA